AUGAACGAUGAUGAUUUACUGGUAUUGAUUUACGCGGGUCGCAACGCAGAGAAUCCGAGGUCAAGACCCGAUGCGAGAGGCCCGGGGCGGAGGGAGAGACAGGGGCGCAGAAAAGCCUCAAAGAAAAACAAAAAGCGCUCCAGAGAAAAGAAGGACGAGAAGAAGAAGGAGAAGAAGAAGAGGAAAGGCAGGGGGGAGGAAGAAAAGCGGGGGAAGAAAAGGGGAAGGACGCUCUUCGCGUGGAGUCCCUCCUGGAGAGAGUCUGGAACGACCCGCGGCCGAGUGACGACAGAAGGGAGAAAAAGAAAAGAGACUCGCAAGCGAGAGUGA